UUUGGGCGUACGUAGGAUUUAUAGGAAACCAUACAAAUAUUUGUUGAUGCACGUAGUUAGCGGACGUUAACUGUUUUUCUGCCCAUUUUCUUUUAACCGAAGACCGUUAGCUAAUAUCAUAUGUCCAAUAUUAUAUGUAUUUGUUUUGUAAGAUAUAUGCAUACUCAUUGACAUGAUUUAACAGUUUCUACUUUCAAUGCACAGUUAAACAAAGAAUUGCCAACUGGCGUCAGUUGCUCUUAAUUGCACCUGCCUAUUGACAGUUUUUCCACCAUGAAAGGGCUUUACUGUAAAGUGGGUGAAACUGCUGCAGAGGCGAAAUUUGUCAUCCAGGAAACGAAUGUACCCAGUGCCCUCGGUAGCAACCAGGUUAAAGUGCAAGUGAAGGCAUGUGCCCUUAGUCCACUGGAUUUAAAACUACAUGAGGAUCUAAAGUUGCAAAGGGACCUGGUGCCAGUAGGGAGGGAGAUUGUUGGGAUAGUCCUCCAAGUUGGGCCUAAGGUGACCUUUUUCCAACCUGAUGAUGAAGUUGUAGGAAUUCUGCCCUUGGAUACAGCGAUGUCUGGUUUGUGCGAAGCCGUCGUCAUCAACGAGAAUCAUCUUGUGCAGAAGCCAGAGAAGUUGAGAUGGGUGGAGGUGGCAGGGGCUAUUCGGGAUGGACUCCGGGCCUAUACAGCUCUCCAUACCCUAGCCCGUAUGGCAUCCGGGCACACACUGCUGGUGCUGGAUGGAGCCAGUCCCUUUGGUGUUUUGUCCAUCCAGCUGGCCCGCUACCAUGGGGUUAAAGUACUGGCGUCAGCUCUGUCCUCCGAAGACCAGAAGUUCCUGGAGCAGCUUCGGCCCAGCGUCGGAGUGCGAGAGUCUCUUGUAGCCAGAGUGAUAGGUGUGUGGGAUACCAAGGUGGACCUGGUGGAUUCCUGUUUGGAAGAGACAGGCGGUCUAGGGGUGGACAUUGUCAUCGACUCUGGAGUGAGAUUGCAUGAGGAGGAGCCAGAGGCCAGGUGUCUUCUGCCCUACAAGCAUGACAUCAUCACCCUGCUCGGGGUCGGAGGUCACUGGGUUACAACUGAGCAAAACCUGCAGCUGGACCCUCCAGAUAGUCGCAGCCUCUUCCUGAAGGCUGCCUCCCUGUCCUUCCUCAACGAGGAGGUGUGGGGGGCAUCCAGUGCCCGCCAGGGGAGGUACCUCCACAUCAUGAAGGAUAUAGUGGAGAAGCUUUCCACUGGGACCUUAAGGCCCCAGCUAGAGGACCCAGUGCCUUUGUAUGAUGCCACAGUUUCCAUGGAGAUGGUGCAAAAGAAACAAGUCCGGAAGAGGUUGGUUAUUCAACUCUGAGGCGGACAGACACUCUGGUCCAGCAUUCCCCUUGUCAAAGACAGGCCCCCAAAUUCUGCCUCUCAUAUUUCCUAUGUAUUUUUGGCCAGCAGUGGUGGAAAAAGUACCCAAUUGUCAUUGUUGAGUAGUAGUAAAGAUACCUUAAUAGAAAGUUACUCAAAUAAGUCACCCAGUAAAAUUCUACUUGACUAAGUCUAAAACUAUUUGGGUUGUAAAUGUAAUUGCUCAAAUGUACUUAAGUAUCAAAAGUAUAAAUUCAAAUUCAUAAGGAUAGCCAGGGGCACACUCCCAACAGUCAGACAUUUAUUUACAAAAGAUCCAUGUGUUUAGUGAGACUGCCAGAGCAUAGGCAGUAGGGAUGACCACUUGUUCUCUUGAUAAGUGUGUGAAUUUCACUUUUUUUUCUAUCCUGCUCAGUGUUCAAAAUGUAACAAGUUUUUGGUUGGAAGGGAAAAUGUAUGGAAUAAAAAGUACAAUAUUUUAUAUUGGAAUGUAUUGAAGUAAUAGUACAGAUACCCCAAAAAACAACUUAUGUAAGAAUACUUUAAAGUACAACUUAAUCGGUGGUGUAAAGUACUUGCCAGUCAUUCCAAUACAAUGUAAAUAUGUGCAAAGUUUGAGUUGAUCAAAACAUAUAAAAUGAGAUGGAUAUCUAAAUGUUUGCUCUGCUUAGUGUAAUUACAUACAGCACAUUUGAGGUUUGUCCUUUUAUUAAAAACCUUUGUUAAUCCUCAA